AUGUUCACGAAAUCAUCACUAAAUUCCAACUUACUAUUAUUCAUUCUAGUAGCAUUAUUAUUAUUAGUAGUAACAAAAACCAGUUGCAGUACUAGUUAUAAUAAUCCAUUAGAGCUUUACAUGCACGACACUGUCGGGGGCACUAGUCCCACGGCGAGACCAGUCACCGGCUUAUUAGGCAGCAUCUACACCCGCCACGUGCCAUUCGCUAAGCCAAUCGGGUCCCAUCCCCCGGGCCGUGCUGGUGGGGUCCUCAUCCCCAAUCCAAACGGCGCCGUUCCAACCGUAAUGGGUUCCGACGGACUCAGCCUCGGGUUCGGGACUAUAACCGUGAUCGACGAUGUGCUCACGAGUGGGCCGGAGCUGGGGUCCCAGACGGUGGGAAGAGCUCGAGGGGUGUACGUGGCCAGCUCUGGAGAUGGGAGCAGUGUCAUGAUGACGUGUACGGCUGUGAUGGAAGGAGGGGAGUAUGGGGAUAGUCUCAACUUUUUUGGAGUAUAUAGCAAUAAUAAUAAUAAUAAUAAUAAUAUCGGAAGUGCCACGUCGUCACGGUUGGCGGUGGUCGGCGGGACUGGGAAGUACAAGAACGCCGCUGGGUUUGCGGAGGUCCGGUCGCUUGUUCCGACUGGUCCACGUGGCGUCAAUGGUGGGGAACGUUGCUCAGGAUUAUUGUUCAUCUAAGUUAACGAAUAAUGAUUCAAACAAAGUGAGACUGUGAUUU